AUGCAAGCGGCACGGAUGCAAUGGGACAUCAUGGACCUCAAGACCCUCUUGAUUGGCCAGACCAAAGCUGAAAGCGCUAAGCUCAUCAGCUCCAACCAUGACCCCUGCAACCAUUGCUUCAUCUUGGGCUUCCAAACCGCCCAGCCUCAUCAUCAAAAUAUUGCCUGGGCAAAGGAAAUCAUCCAGGCUGAGGAGCGCGGCGCGUUGGGCAAUGAGAUCAAUGAGAUGAAGAGGUGGUGGACCAAGUCCGUCGAGCUGAUCACCCUUUGA